ACUCGUCUAUUCUUCGUUCAGUUUUUGUGCAACAUUGCGAGAGGUGAGUCGCUCGUGCGACGUGCGCGACGCAGUGGCAUUCGUAUCCAGAUUCGCACACAGAAACGCGAAGAGAGAAAGAGAGAGAAAGAGAGAGAGAGAGAGAGGGAGAGAGUGUGUGUGUGAGUGAGAGUGGGGCAGCAGAUGACAAUGAUGGCGGCGACCAGCGAUGAAGUGACUGCUAUGGAGAUACGUGAUACGUUGCUGGCGAGAACAAAUACGGGCCAAAGUCAGCCCGUGGAUCGGCUCAAGUUGCUGUAUCCGAUGGUGAACGAGGAAGAGACACCGUUGCCGCGUUCCUGGAGCACGAAGGACAAGUACAACUACAUAGGCCUGUCGCAAAACAAUCUUCGCGUUCACUACAAAGGUUACGGCAAAACACACAAAGACGCCGCCAGCGUUCGCACAACACAUUCAAUACCAGCUGCGUGUGGCCUGUAUUACUUCGAGGUAAAAAUUGUCAGCAAAGGACGUGAUGGCUACAUGGGUAUUGGACUCUCAGCGUCAGGUGUUAAUGUGAAUAGACUUCCUGGUUGGGAUAAGCAUUCUUAUGGUUAUCACGGUGAUGACGGUCAUAGUUUUUGCUCAAGUGGUACUGGACAACCUUAUGGACCGACUUUUACCACAGGCGACGUUAUUGGUUGCGGUGUAAAUCUUAUUGACAACACCGCCUUUUACACGAAAAACGGUCAUCAUCUAGGAAUUGCAUUCACGGACCUUCCUCCCAAUCUAUAUCCUACGGUCGGUCUGCAGACUCCGGGCGAAGUGGUAGAUGCAAAUUUUGGGCAAUUACCGUUUGUUUUUGACAUUGGAGACAUGAUCAACGAACUUCGCGUACGAACAAGAUUACAAAUCAUAAGUCACCCUACACCGGACUACGGUCCAGGACAGUGGCAGACAAUUCUUCACAAAAUGGUGUGCACAUAUCUCGUUCAUCAUGGAUAUCUCGAUACUGCUGAACUGUUCGCCAGCAACACGGGUCAAGUAUUCGAUGAAGAUUACACUUCUAUGAAGAAUCGACAGAGAAUUAUAAAGCUAAUACAAUCCGGCCGGAUAGGUGAGGCAAUAGAUGUGACUAGUCGAUUAUAUCCUGGACUUCUCGAGCGAGAUCCGAAUUUGCUGUUCGCGCUCAAGUGCCGUCAAUUUGUGGAAAUGGUGAACGGCAGCGACACAGAGGUCUGUCAGAACAACAGCAGUCCCAAUCAAACCAGUGUCAUACAAUCAACCAAAGCUUACACGAAGUCCGCAACUGGAACUGUAGAGGAGAUGAAUAUCAAUAAUACAAUGAAUGGUACUAGCGGUCCACAGUUCGUUAACGGACAAAUAGAAGAUGACGUAGACAUGGAAGACAGCAACGUCAAUGCUGUUAACGGUAUUAAAAACAAUACCGGAUACCCAAACGGUAAUCUGAGCGCAAAUGGAUACAAGUGUCAAAAUGGAGAGGAUGUAGAUAUGGAAAUCGACAACAGUGCCAAUCAAAGUCAGCAACAAAGUAGUAACACCACUGACAUUGUGACAAGUAAAAGUAAUAAAAAACAAAUGUGUGGUGGUAAUAAGCAAGGGAUCGAGAAGGUGUUGGAGUUUGGUAAACAAUUGUAUUCACAGUCGAUACACUUGAGACAGCAGUACGGAAAAAACGAAAGCAAUAAGAAGAUGUUGCAGGACGCCUUCAGCCUAUUGGCAUAUUCCAAUCCGUGGAAUUCGCCUGUCGGUUGGCAAUUAGAUCCUCAGCAAAGAGAAACAGUAUGUCAGAGGCUGAAUUCUGCCAUUCUUGGAUCUUGUAAUCUACGCCGUCGCCCUCCUUUGGAAAUUGCAGCAGCUCACGCGAGAGAGCUGGUUCAUCUGAUGUCUACUCAUGGUCUAGGGGCCUGCGGGUUUGCAGUAGUAGAUAAUAUUAUUCAAUAUUGACGGUGCCUACCUCUGCUGCCACGUCCGCCUCUUUUGCCAGCGCGAGUAUGGUAUGGAAACAACUCCAUACAAAGAAAAAUUAAGGCGCUUAGAGAACGAAUCUUUUAGGAUACGGAGGCGCAACGUGGAGCAGAUUGUUCUGUUAACGCAUCAACAUCGCGAUGUCGCGUGCCUCUUCACCUAGAGCAGCCGAAUUCGUCGGUGCCUUGGCUCGAUCUCACACCACAGAUACGAACAUACAAAGUGAACGCUCAGACCUGCCAACCAAAAUGACAUCUCAUGAGUUUUUAGCUUAAAUCAGGUGGAUUGUCACUUUGGAUUUACUACGACGCUGACCAAGAGCGAGAAAAGGCAGUUCACUGUACUGAUCCCCGUUCCCGGCGGUUAAUCGCGUACAAAUCGCGACCGACCUACAUUUUUGACUUGUUGUGACUAUAUUGUUUUCUGUAUCACUUAAUUUUUUUCUUCUCUUUUUACCCUUUUUUGGUUUUUAUAUCCGACGUCGACUUAUCUUCAUUUUUUGCGAACGUUCAACUCGGACAUUUUUUUGCGUUAUCAGGACGUACAAACGGCAGUUAUAACAGUGCCGUGAAUAUAUUAUGUAUUUAUAUAAUUGCGAUAACUCUUGUGCAUCGUUAACAUAAGCAAGUAUUGUGCAAUUCUACACGACAAUGUGAGAUUAUGUUAUUAAUGAUAAAUAAAAUAUAUAAAAUCAUAUUUGUGUUUUUGCUAUGUAAUGUUUUGUAAAAAUUUUUAUCGUACAAGAGGAGAUUGUACGAAAAGAAGAAACUUGUAUACUUAACGACGCACAAGAAUGACGCAUUAAUCAAGUGCAUUUAAAUCAAUUGCGAGUUGUAUCUAACAAUAAAUGUAAUUCAGCUAUAAAAAAAUCGAUCAAACAUAAUAUAAAAAAUUUUGUUGCGAGUAUUGUGGAGGAACUAAUAAGCAAUGUGUUGUGGCACAUUUAUAUUUCGUUCGCUUCGGAAAAAUUCAUCACAUGAGUCGGAUUUAUCUUCCACAUUCACAUAAAUUAACAAAUUAAAUUAUAUACACUUAAAGGUCCUGCUACUCGUAGCAACCGUUUCAUUUAUGACGUAGUCAGAAAUGAAAAAUGACAUGAUAAUUGAUUUUUGCAACAUAAUACUUUAUAUUUUAGUUUUUUCUUAAAAAUAUAAAUAUUUUUGUAAUCCUAAAACGUAAAAUAUGCAACACACUUUGAUAAUCUAUUCUAUUUGUCACGCAGAAGUUAAAGUAAUUCUUGAAAUAGAGAGGUGUUGUUGUUUCUCAUACAGUUGGCAAUUAAAAAUCCGUUGUCAUUUCUUAAAUUUCUCGAUUUUUGUAUUGUAUUUUCACUAUAAACUUCUGAAGAUCACGAUAAUAUUAACUUUUUGUAAGAAAAAACUAAAAUAUGAAGCUACGCGGCAACGAAUAGCCAAGCCUUAACGUUGAAAAUCUAUUGUCUCCUCUUUAUGUUUGUUGAGACAAAUUGGUACGAUAUCUCUUAAUUUUUCUAAUUCUUCUGGGAGCGGCGGAAGAGAGCAUGUUUAUUUUAGAGAUGGACGCGACGUCUUACGUUUAUAUAAAUAGUUGCGAAAAAAAAAACAAAAAUCUGUAAACUUAACUAAGGAACGAUCUUGUAAUUCUAUACUAAUUGUUUUUUAUAUGCGACAUAGUAUAUUAUUAUAUUAUAUAUUAUUAAAGAAAAAGAAACACAAAAUAAGAAAAUGCAGCUAGAGGCGUAAGCGUGCGUUUAAAUACAAUAAUUUACUCUAUAUAUAUAUAUACAAAUAAUUAUAUCGAUUAAAAUAGAAUUACUGGAAUUAUAUAAAUAAGUUUUAGUGUUAUUGUUUUUUGUGUACUAUAGAUAGAGCUAUAAUACGAGUAUGUGUGCGAGUACAGCAAUGAUUUGGCCAAAAAAUGGUUUAUAAGUCAUUUUGUUUCGUCGCGCAUGUGUUGUUAUCGCGAUUAAUACCGCCAGUAUAUCUUUGUGUAAAUUCAUCUACGAAUUAUUGUACAGGCUAUUGAAAUUUAUUUUGGAGAUAAUUGUCAUUGUUGUUCAAAGAUUUGUUAGGUUUUGUCGUUUGUGACCGGCGGCAAUUGACAACCUGCUCAUUUUUGUAUUGAAAAUCUAUUCAUCGACUCAAUCGACUACGUCUGGACAAGGGUUUAGCCGAAUCAUCGAAAUGUGCUCAGUAGAUUGUCGAUGUUCUUAAACACAGGACAUUUUGUUUUUGUUUGCGCCCUUCCAAUCGUUGGCUCCCGAAUGUCGUUUUGCCCCUUGCCUGCCUUCUAAGUCUUUCGAAAAAAUACUUUCAAAAUGCAUAUUUUAGGUAAUAAAGAUACAUUGUAAUAUAUACAGAUAUAUAUAUGUGCCUAUCUAAUAAAACUUUAUUUUCAUUCUC